UCUACCUCCUCCUCAAAAAUGACGCCCAAGAUCACGCCUCCUCGGGCACUUGCUGCUGCAUCUCUUCUUGCCAUAGCUGGAUAUUCCGCAUACCAAUACAGAGCCUCUCGCCUCAAUUCUAAGAACACGCCUCCCGCUGCAUCACCCGGCAAGAUGACCGUGGACAACUCGUUUGAGACCCUUUUCGCCGUGCCGUUGUCAUGUGACGGCUGUAUCAAGGCGGUUUCAGACUCGCUAUACAAGCUCGGUGGCAUUAGUAACGUCGAGGGCAACCUGAAGGACCAGUUGAUCUCUGUCAAGGGCACGGCUGCCCCCUCGGCCAUCGUGGAAGCUAUCCAGGCAACGGGCAGAGACGCUAUCUUGCGUGGAUCAGGAUCCUCAGACAGCAGUGCCGCUGUAAGCAUCCUCGAGACUUUCGACGACCCCGUAGAAGGACGUUAUGAAGAGCCAAGCCGGGACGUAAGAGGACUGGCAAGGAUGGUUCAGGUUAGCUCAGGACGAACACUUGUUGACUUGACGGUCCACGGCGUCACCCCAGGAAAGUAUCGGGCCUCGAUCCGCGCAUUCGGAGACCUGAAGGACGGUGCACGAUCAACCGGACCUGUGUGGUCAGGAGGAGAGAAGGAACUCCGAGGUGAUUUGGGAGAGGUUGAAGUUGGUGAGAAUGGAAGGGGAGCAACGUUCCUAGACCACGGAUUUCAGAUUUGGGAGGUAAUCGGGCACGCCAUGGUGCUGACCAGGCAAGAGGAGGGACCCGAGGGACUCAAGAACGAUAAGGACACCGUCUUGGGCAUCAUUGCACGAAGCGCGGGCAUGUGGGAUAACGACAAGACGGUGUGCUCCUGCACUGGCAAGACGCUCUGGGAUGAGCGCAAGGAUGAGGUCAAGAAAGGCAUGCUCUAG